GUGGCAUCAGUAGAAUUCUGCUACUCUCCCCGGUGGGCUGGAAGGGGUGUUGCUUUGAAUGUCUCUGUUUAGAAUCCUAGAGGCAUGCAUCAAACCAAGACUCCUUGUGCCAGCUAUCAGAGUCAACACUAUUCGUGAGCUAGAUUUCCGAGGGUUGAGAGAUGCUGGGUAUCGCGGCGCAGUUUUUGAUAAGGAUAAUUGCCUAACCCUGCCUUGCAAAGACACUCUCGUACCUCAACUAAAAGAUGCUUGGGAAGAUUGCCGAACGGCGUUUGGCAAAAACAACGUCAUCGUAGUUAGCAAUUCUGCCGGCACUCGAGAUGAUCCUGCGGGUCUGGAGGCUGAAUCAGUGUCUCAUCAUCUCCGAGUCCCCGUGCUUCCUCACGCUGCAAAGAAACCUGGCUGUCUAGAGCUUUUGCGUAAUCCAAUAUCUCAUAGUCAACAACCAAUCCAUCCUUCAGAAUUGAUAUACGUUGGGGAUCGCCUCUUUACAGAUGUUGUGAUGGGAAAUAAGUUGGGUGGGCUCACUGUGUGGACGACCGGCCUAUGGGCUCGCGAAGCGAUGGCACUACGUUAUCUCGAGUACGGGAUGCUUCGAAUCAUCGUAAAAUGGCAGGCCUUCCGUAAUAAGCAGGUAGACAAUGUGGCAGACGAACGCGUUGUCCAGUCCCCUCAGCAACGAUUCGUCAAACCGGAUCCGAGACAGGCCAACCCAGGGCCCAGCACGGUUGCAAGAGUAUGGAGCUGCUUAGUCGCAGCGUUGCGUCUGACGAGUGUUGUGGCACGUUGGUUUGGGGGCCUGAUGAGUGCCCUGUAUAGACGUUUGUUACUGGCCUACAGGAAACAGGAGGAUGCACUACGUCCUAGGGAUUCUAUUGAAACGCUAUCAUCACAAGAGCCCUUCUCUUCAGGUUAUCACCAGCCACACUUAAUCGUCCCUAACGAACCCCAGGGAAUAAAUAGGUUCGCCAAACUCGUCGUCACCGUUCGAGACGCUGUAAUCUGGACCACACACAGACGCGAGGCAGCCAACGGGGCGCCAGUUCCUCGUGAACGUUGAAAUGUCUGUAUGUGAGGUCAAUUCCACAGUGCCAAUAUCAAGACAAAGAAGCUUGGCAUACUUCACAAUAUUCCCUUUCGCGCGUCCCUUGCCGAGUACAUAGUCCUCGGCGUCACCUCGAGU